CUUCGGUGAGCUUAACCAUCUUCCCUCUUUCUCGCCCUGCUCUCGUAGCAACGGACAAAACGCCGGCUCGAGCCCCUUCUCCCGUGAUUCUUUCCGUCCGUGGUUGGUUCCCGAUCCGAUCCCCACUGUAUUGUCUCUCUCUCUCGCGAUCGAUCGAACGCUAAUAGAAGAAGAACAGAGAACCCGCCGUCGGGGAGAAACCCUAGCUUUUUUAUUGGGGGAGGCGCGGAGAGGCGAAGAGGAGGAGGUGGGAACGAUGAACGACGCCGAUGUCUCGAGGCAGAUCCAACAGAUGGUGCGGUUCAUCCGGCAGGAGGCCGAGGAGAAAGCCAAUGAGAUCUCCGUUUCCGCUGAAGAGGAAUUCAACAUAGAAAAGCUGCAGCUAGUUGAAGCAGAGAAAAGAAAGAUCCGACAAGAAUAUGAACGUAAGGAAAAACAGGUGGAAAUUCGCAGGAAAAUUGAAUACUCAAUGCAGCUCAAUGCGUCACGCAUUAAAGUUUUGCAAGCCCAAGAUGAUCUCGUAAAUUUGAUGAAGGAGACUGCUAGCCAGGAGCUUCUGCGUGUUUCUAAUAAUUCACAGGCCUAUAAAAGGCUUUUGAAAGACCUUAUUGUCCAGAGCUUACUGCGUCUGAAAGAGCCAUCCAUUUUACUACGGUGUAGGGAGGUUGACCAUACACUGGUAGAGUCUAUCUUGAAUGAAGCUAAACAAGAGUAUGCAGAUAAAGCACAAGUUCAUCCUCCAAACAUUAAUAUUGAUCAUGUGUAUCUUCCAGCACCUCCAACUAGCAGUGAAGCUCAUGGAACUUUUUGCUCUGGAGGUGUUGUUUUGGCUUCACAAGAUGGGAAGAUUGUCUGUGAGAACACACUGGAUGCAAGACUAGAGGUUGCUUUCAGACAGAAAUUACCUGAGAUCAGAAAGCGUCUUUUUGGGAAGAUGGAAGCCUGACUUGUUCAUAUCUGUAUUUUUCUUGCAAUAAAACAUCACUCGUCCUUUCACCCAUUUCUGUAAUGGGUCCUAUAUCUUCUCUAUUAAACCUCCUCCGCUUGGUCCGAAUUUGAGCUUGACAGUCUUUAAGCAAUGAUAGUAAAGAGGUAUGGUCUUGCAUUCACAUGCACCAGAGUCGCUGUUCUUUCACAUGCCGAACAAAAUCUGUUUCAUCUUAUCACAAAAUUCUGGUAUUGUACUUGCUGUAGAUGCUUUGAAUGUGCUUACCCAUACACUGGGAUCCUGGGACAAGCACUUCCGCCCUUUGCUUGCUCUCUCUGUGUCUGCCUUUUGUCAGACCGAAAUCUGAGUUACUGAUAGUUCACAAGUUAGAUAAGUUAGAUUCAAGGUUGCAUGUUGUUUAAAGUAGUAUUUCUAAGAUUUGGACCCAAGGUAUUGCUGGUAGAGUUGGAUUCUGGAAGAAAGGGUCAGGAAGAUAUUUUGAUCUACAUAAGAUUUCUGUUGAUGUUCUUAAGUACCAACAAGAAGCUUGUCUUUGCAUUAUGCUUAUGUAUGCAUCACAUUGACCGGUGGUUGGCUGUGAAAAUUUCAUGAUUUGAGUUAUCCAA